AUGUCGAUCUCAGAGGAGCUAGCAGCGUCGCUGGGAGUGGCUCCCUCCCUGAUCACCCUCCUGCUCUGCCUCUUCUCGUCCAUCCCCGCGGCUCUGGUCGUGCGCUUCCUCCCGGGUCCCACAUUGAAGCAUCACUACAGCAUUGCUGCCGGAGGGGCUCUCUGCUGGGUGGCGUAUGGCGGCCUUCACGGCAAGUCGAGCCUCAAUUUCUGGGGCCUAACCCUCGCGUCGUACGCGCUCAUGCUCGCCCUUCCUCGCAAGUGGAGCGGUUAUGGCGUGCUCUUCGGCUCCUUCACCUACCUCACCUACUGUCACAUAAGCAACCUGGGAGCGGACGUGUGGAGGCAGGGAGGCGUGGACUUCACGGGCACGCUCAUGGUGUUCACGCUUAAGAUCUCUGGGUGCGCCAUGGACUACCAGGACGGCGCGCUGCCGGAGGACAAGGAAGGCGCACUGCCAGAGGACAAGGCGCAGCACCGCAUGUACAGCAACAGGCUGGCGCGGCUGCCGUCGGUGGUGGAGUUUUUGUCGUUCGUGUUCUUCCCAGGCGCCGCCCUCGUGGGACCCGUGUUCAACCUGAAGCAGUACCAGGCGUAUGCUGCCGGGCAAGGGCAGUACCAGGCGUACGCCGCUAGGCAAGGGGUGAGUGCGGUGAAAGGGGGAGAAGAAGUGAGAAUGUUCUGUGUUCUUCCCCGUCGCUGUGCUGGUGGGACCCGUGUGCAACUGCAAGCAGUACCAGUCCUAUGGUCGCCAUCUGGAGCCGUGGUGCCAAGCAAGGCAGCUGAUACCAGCAAGGGGGAGGAGGGGAAGCUGACGCAGAACGGGAACGGGGAGGCGGACAGGGCGCAGGGCGAGAGCAAGGGCGAGGGGAAGGGCGAGGGGAAGGGCGAGGGGAAGGGCGAGGGGAAGCUGCGAAAGAUGCCGGAGCCGCUGCCGUAUGCAGCACAGGCGCUGGGGAAGGCGAUCAUCUGCCUGGCGAUGCACCACUUCCUCUCUCAGCACUUCGGCCCCGCCCUGCUCUUCCAGCCCCGCUUCCUCACCUACAAUUUUGCAUACAAGUGGUUCUGCCUGGUGGUGGCGGGCAUCUGCUUCCGCUGCUCCUACUACUUCAUCUGGAGUGUGGCAGAGGCUGCUGUGAUCCUCUCUGGAUUCGGCUUCUCCGGCUGGACCGACUCCUCACGUCCAGACUGGAGCCGGGCAGAGAACGCAAAUUUCAUCAAGUGUGAGAUCACCACGAGUCUGGCGCAGAUGCCUGCCUACUGGAACAUGGGCGUCGGCACGUGGCUCCGCACCUACGUGUACGACCGGGUGACACCUCGCUCGGGCAAGCCCACCAUGUGGACGCUCGUUUUCACUCAAGUCGUCUCCGCGCUCUGGCAUGGUCUUCACCCCGGCUACUACCUCUUCUUUGUCAACGCCGCCAUCGGCCAACACGCCUCCAAGCAGGUGUUCCGGCACACGGCAGCAGCGUUCCCGAAGCAGUCAGCAGCAGUGAAGGUCACCAUUGACGUGGUGCAGGCCGUGUUCAAGCAGCUCAUCAUCAACUACUCCAAUGCUGGCUUCCUGGUGCUGCAAUGGGGGCAGACCAUAGCGGUGUGGCGGUCGCUCUUCUUUAUGGGCACCGUCGUCCCCAUUCUUCUCAACGUGCUGCUGUCCAUCAUUCCCACUCGCUCCCGACGCCACAAGAAGGUCGAAUAA